AAAACGCGUGAGCAAAGGCAACACUGUGCGCUCGGCUGCAUGCUGUCAAUUAAUUUAACAAAAAGUUUUUGUUAAAUUUUUUUUUUGGUUGCCACACUCCACAUAAAAACGGAGUUAAGUGAAAAAAGAGAGAGCCACCAGAGUUAGAGUGAGAGCGAGAGAGAGAGUGACACAGAGUGAGAGUGCGAAUUUAAGAUUAAAAUUAAAUCGAUUCCGAUUCCCAAUCAGAAUCCAAAAUGAAUAGCAAAUAUACGCACAUUUUACAACGGGAGUUUCCGGCCAUGGACACCGAGUUACUUGAUUACAUUGGCGGCGUGUUAACUGGUGGCGAUGAGGAAUUCGAGACUGGCGACGAUAUAUUCGAUGCUGUCGGCGAUAUCCUGCAGUCGGUCGAUGGCGAACGAAGUGAGGAUAGCAUUAGAGGCAUCUGUGAGGAAUUCCUCCAGAUAAUGAGGAACGAUUCGAAAAACGUGGAACGUAAAGUGCUUAAUGCUCCGGUUAAUAUCGAAGAGAUGGCCAAGAACAUGGAGCGUAUGGAUAAGGAUAUGCAAAGCAUUUGGGUGGUCAAUAAGGAUGGGGCUAAUAAGGUGGACUCGAAGAAGCUAGAGAAAGCCGAAGCCAAACUGCAGCAGAAACAGGAGAAACGGCAGGAAGUAACCAAAUAUGGGGUUGUUCCGGUGGCAGUGAAACUGCAAACGGCAACUGCAUCUCAGGUCACAAACAAGAAGAAUACAAAAAUGGAUCAGAAGGGUCUCAAUCGUUCCAUGGACAUAAAAAUUGAAAAUUUCGAUUUGGCCUUUGGUGAGAAAGUUCUACUGCAGAAUGCCAAUUUGCUGUUAUCCUUUGGUCGUCGCUAUGGUCUGGUUGGACGCAAUGGCCUGGGCAAGACCACAUUGUUGCGCAUGAUUGCCGAGCGACAGCUGCAGAUACCCUCACAUAUUUCGGUCCUGCAUGUGGAGCAGGAGGUUGUCGGCGAUGACACAUCCGCUGUGGACAGUGUCCUUGAAUGUGAUACGGAACGAACGCGUCUCUUGACACGCGAAAAGGAGAUCUUGGCCGCCUUGAACAGUGGCCAAGUGCAGGAUGCAUCGCUCUCAAAUGAAUUGAGCGAGACAUAUGCGGCCCUGCAGAAUAUUGAGGCUGAUAAGGCGGUGGCUCGUGCAUCUGUGAUAUUGAAGGGUCUGGGCUUCGAUGCCGACAUGCAAUUGAGGCCAACGAAAUCAUUCUCCGGUGGCUGGCGUAUGCGUUUGGCUUUGGCUCGCGCCUUGUUCUCCAAGCCCGAUCUAUUGUUACUCGACGAGCCGACCAACAUGUUGGACAUCAAAGCUAUCAUUUGGCUGGAGACUUAUCUGCAGAGUUGGCCCACCACAAUUCUGGUGGUGUCUCACGAUCGCAAUUUCCUAGAUACAGUGCCCACCGAUAUAAUACAUUUGCAUGGCCAAGAGCUUGAGGCAUACAAGGGCAACUAUGACCAAUUUGAAAAGACCAAGACAGAGAAACUGAAAAGUCAACGCCGUGAAUACGAGGCACAAAUGGCACAUCGUGCUCAUGUUCAAGAAUUUAUUGAUCGUUUUCGUUAUAAUGCAAAUCGUGCCUCAUCUGUGCAAUCGAAAAUUAAAAUGCUAGAGAAACUGCCCGAACUAAAGCCUGUGGAAAAGGAGACUGUGGUUACACUUAAAUUUCCCGAAGUUGAACCAUUGAAUCCACCCGUUUUGGCUAUAUCGGAGGUAUCAUUCCGUUAUCAACCAACAGAUCCAUUGCCCAUAUUUAAGGGUGUCAAUCUAUCGGCUACCUCGGACUCACGUAUUUGUAUUGUCGGUGAAAAUGGAGCGGGUAAAUCAACGCUAUUGAAAAUUAUCGUUGGACAAUUGAGCACAAUUUAUGGUAAUAUUGUAUUGCAUCGCGGCCUGAGGAUCGGCUAUUUUGCUCAACAUCAUGUCGAUCAUCUUAAUAUGAAUGUGACUUGUGUUGGUGUACUGGCUGAACUCUUUCCGGGACGGCCCGACGAGGAGUAUCGACGACAAUUGGGCAGUUUUGGUAUCUCGGGACCAUUGGCAUUGCAGAGCAUUGCCAGUUUAUCUGGUGGACAGAAAUCACGUGUGGCCUUAGCUAAAAUGUGUAUGGCGGAACCCAAUUUCCUGGUGCUUGAUGAACCGACAAAUCAUUUAGAUAUUGAGACCAUCGAUGCCUUGGGGAAAGCUAUUAAUGCAUUUAAGGGCGGCGUUAUUUUGGUAUCCCACGACGAGAGACUCAUCAAAGUUGUCUGCAAAGAGCUGUGGGUAUGCGGUAAUCGCACUGUUCGAGCCAUUGAAGGUGGCCUGGAUGAAUAUAAGCGAGAAGUAUACAAGGAGAUUGAAGCCAACGGUUGAAUAUACUUGAGCUAAGCCCCACCCCCACACCGUCGUAUCCCCAUCCACCCUUCAAUCCACAUAAACUCUCAUUUUUGUGUUUUAAACAAUUUAGCAAUAAAUUUAUAUAAUGCCAAUGACGCGCAGGACAAAGAUGA